AUGCAAAAUGAACCAAAGAUCCUGACAUGCAAUUUUUUUGGUAUUUUAAAGGUUAACCAAGACUUCACACUCCUCUUCAAUCCUAAAACGGCUAAUAAAUUGCUGGAAAAGUGGGACACUGUAUUCAAACCAGGAAUCAUUAAAGAAGCCAUGGGCUUGACUUUAACUCCUGCUGUGCGUUCCCUCAUCUCAUCAGCAAGAAAACAGACAAUCGGUAAAGACCAUUGCAGCAAGAGAACUGCCAAAAUCAGUGCUGCUGAUGCUGCUGAUCGCCAUGUGUAUCAUUCUUGUAACAGCAUUGAUGAACAUGUUCAGCAAAGAGAAGGACGGAAGCCAUACCUCCUUGCUGUAAAAAGAGGAAGCCAAGACCAGAUUGACAACUUUUACGUAGUCCUUGACAAAAAUCUCAUUCCCUGUCAGGUGGUUGGUUCCCUCAGUGCAUUCGACAAGCUUUUCAAAGCUCACUUCAUUUUUAAUUUAACAUAUGACAAUGCACUCAUGAACUUCUACACCUUCAUUCAAACAACCAUCUACAAAAUUGAUGUAGGACGAGAUGAGACGAGAGAGUCCCCAAGAGUAAAAGAGCUUCGCGCUAAACUACUGAAUGACUAA